UUUCCUAUAAAACGUCCUCUACAGGCAACCAUUGCUCAUCUCCUUUGAGCAGUGACUGUGUACGUUCUUUUGGCGCGAUGCCGCGUUCCUUAUCCCAAUUCCCUGACCGACUGUCCCCUCAGAGCUGCUAAGCUCCCUAUUCCGCCCCGAUCUUGGCCGCGACGACCCCGUCGAACGUCUUGGCCCCUUCGCCUUCUCUCUCAUUGCUGUCACGAUCAAUUGCGAAUUGUCAAAAAGGCCAAAUCGGAAAAUUAGAUACCAUGUCAACGGGGCUCCCAUGUCCAGCGUGGAUACACAGUUCCCCGCAACUCAUGGACAUGGAUUCGGACACUCGCGCGGCCAUGGCCACUCUCGCUCAAAGCGUUGGACACAGCCUUCAGCAGGCCAGUCGCUGUCUUCUUUGAAUGGCUUUGCAACUCCAAUGCAACCCAACCUGCCUUCUGUAGACGCAGUUUCACCCAAUGGCUCUGCGUCAGGGUCGACAUCGCACAAUCCCCACCACUCGCACUCGCACUCGCACGGUGCUCCUAACCACUCAGGGAGCUGCGACCACGGACAUUCAGGGCAUUACCAUCCGACUGAAAAGACAGAAGAUGCUACAGAAUUGCGCGCGCGGGAUGUUCCUGUCAUCUCGACCGAUUUUACACCCAGCACCAAUCGCGAACUCUUCUCAGGACUGCUAACCGCUCUACCCUGGAUCGCCUUAUCGUGGUACUACAAUCAAUAUGCCAAUUGGAACUCGGAUAUCCCCAAUAAGGACAACACUGACCCGAAAACGUCGGGCGGUGGGAGUCCGGAUCAGGCAGUUCUAAGGACCUGCAGUCUGACAGCUGUCACUAUGGUCAUGACGGGUGUUGGGCAACUUCAAUGGUCUUCACGGGCUGGGAACAAAUCCGUGGCCAAAGUUCCAAAUCUGAAGGCAGAUAUCGCAGGCGUAGCGCUUGCUCGCAUAUGCUCGAUUGCAUUGCCUAUAUACGCAGCGCUCGAAGUUAGCGGGUUCCUUGUCGCGUUGGGUUUGCUUCUCGCAGCAGCAUCUGGGUUGCCCACUCUUGUCAAAGGCCGCGCUGCUGGCAGCAACGCUCGCGAAAAGCUGGUGCACAAGAAAUUCACAGUUGCUCUUAUACUCAUAAUCCUGGUGUUAAGCUUCUUCGGUUUGAUUGGCUCCCAGGAGUCGAAGUCGAUGUCCGGCUAUCUCUCCUUGAUAUUGUCAGUUUUUGUCAUUCCUCCCCAAUUCGCAGAUGUUGGCCAGUCUUCGUCUCGGGGGGCGGGUUUUGGUGUCUCCGCUUCCUCAAAAUCGGACACUUCAGUAAACCUGAAUUCGGGUCCAUUAUCUGUCGUCUCACCGGAUGAUGGUAUGUUGACCUUGAUACUCGGGCUCGUUGUUGGGAUAGUCGGCUUCGUUCUCUUCGGUAUCCCUUCCCUCUCGGCAUUGGACGCGUUGUACCUGCUAGCAACAGCCGGUAGCUACGCAACAUCCUUACUCUUUUCAAACCCGCCCAAUCUGCGUUCGCCGCACAAAUGGGGUUUCGCUACAGGUAUUGCGGCGGCAGGACUUCUAUCUCCGCCACCUGUAGCUGCUGAUAACUGGGUGGUCUAUGCAUCGCGAUGCACGCUGGCGGCGGUGUCGUUCUUUGCCGCUCGAUUUGAUGACCGCCGGCUACGCCUUGAGCGGCAUUCUCAUCACCAUCAUAAUCACGGCCACUCAGCGACUCCAGCCUCUCGGGUGACCAAGGUUCUUCUUCGCUACAGCGAACCUUACCCCCUGUUGUACAGCAUCCUCAAAGAAAGGGAUUCUCGCCGUAUAUUCUACUUCAUGACCUUGAAUUUCACCUUUAUGCUGGUUCAAUUAUCUUACGGAUUCAUCACCGGGUCUUUGGGACUGCUCAGUGACAGCAUACACAUGUUCUUCGAUUGCCUUGCACUUGUUGUCGGCCUUUGUGCUGCCGUUAUGAGCAAGUGGCCCCAAGUUGAUACUCUUUCCGGAUUCGCCAACGGAAUUUUUCUCAUGAUCAUAAGUAUUGAGAUCAUUUACGAAGCUGUGGAGCGACUUUCCUCUGGAAGUCAGAUGCAUCGACUGGGCGAAUUGUUGGCUGUCAGCGUUGCUGGUCUGGUAGUGAAUCUUGUCGGUAUCAUGGCAUUUGACCAUGGCCACGCACACCACGGUCACGAUCACGGUCAUUCACACUCACAUGGAAAUGAGAAUAUGCAUGGUAUAUUCCUCCAUAUUCUAGCUGACACUCUUGGCUCCGUGGCGGUUGUGAUAUCCACCAUUCUUGUCCACUUCUCAGGCUGGGCAGGAUACGACCCUAUUGCCUCAUGUUUGAUUGCCAUUUUGAUUUUUGCCUCGGCUGUCCCACUAGUCACCAGUACUGCGAAGACCCUAUUGCUCGCCCUUCCCGCCGACAUCGAAUACAAUGUUCGUGAAACGUUGGCCGGUGUCAGCUCUCUACGAGGAGUUGUGGGGUACACAGUGCCCAAGUUUUGGUUAGACGAUACAGGAACGGCCUCGGAACAUGACCACCAUCAUGGCCAUGGCCAUGCCCAUAGUCACAGUCACAGUCACAGCCACAGUCACGGCCAUAGUCAUUCUCAUAGUCACAAUCACAGCCAUGGCCACGAACACAACCACGACCACGACCACGACCAUUCUCACGAGAAACACGAAGCAAACGUCCUCGGGGUGAUUCAUGUUAUUGCGUCCCGCGGAGCCGACCUAGAGGAUGUACGACAGCGGACGGUCAACUACCUCCGCGAAAAGGACAUGGACAUCCUUGUCCAGGUCGAGCGAGAGGGCGAUGGGCGUUGCUGGUGCGGAGGGGGCAACAAAAGCCCCUGAUUGCAGCCAUCAUUUCUGUAUAUUUUGACAUGACAUACAGCUCACUGAAGAGUUUUGAACACAUGCAAAUACAUGUUUGUACUAUUUAUGACUUGCGUACGCGGAAUUGGUUGGAAUGCACAUGCCACGGAUACAAUUUUAAAUAGUUAGUCACUGUGGAACGACCUCAUCUCAGUAACGG